CUCUUCUUGACUUUGCCAUCGGAUGGUAAUUUCGUCUCCGGAGAAUGAUCACAUUGACGUCCGCGGUAACGGUAUUGGAGUGACUGCUGCCCCUGAACACUUCUUGUGAUGGCAGCCUGUCAGUACAUAUCGGAUCAACAACAUUCGACGGCAUUGUAUGGUAACCUUACGGUCUGCAAUUCGAAAAACUUUCAAGCGAGCAAUGGCGCAGCUGGACAACACAUCGGCGGCCGACAGCUUCGCCAGUACGUAUUUGUGUGUACAACAUUCGUCCGUUCUGAGCCGAGGCGUACAAGGCCACGGCACGGUUCUAUCAGAUCUUAUCUCUUCUUCCACUUCCUGCUACACACGUUCGUUCUUCUUCCCCUCAAGCUAAAUGCGACGGUGCUCCUAGAAAUGUCGCCAUUCUAGGCUUAACAGUAAGAGCAGACGAAUAUAUACCACUGCUUGGCCCUCACGUCUUUACUUCUCUGGAGUCUUCUAAGCACCAUCGAUCACGCUCGAGAU